AUGUCGUCCUCACUGUCGCCGGACCAGUACGGCAGUAACCGGUCCCAGAGCUCCCCCGAGGCCUCGGGCGGCGCACAGGAUAAGAGCGCACUGUCGCCUCUGAACCUGGGCUUCUUCAAGUCGCUCGCCGACAAGAGGGCCAACCGUGAGGGCAACCCUCCCAAGCGUCGUGGCCCGAAGCCCGACAGCAAACCCGCUCUCACAAGACGACAGGAGCUCAACCGACAAGCCCAACGCACCCAUCGGGAGAGAAAAGAGCUCUACAUCAAGGCCCUCGAGGACGAAGUCCUCCGGCUCAAGGAGCUCUACAGCAAUGUCUCUCAAGACAAGGAGAGACUGGCCGAAGAGAACAGGCAGCUGCGAGGGAUCUUGGCGCACAACGGCAUCCCGUUCCCGCGGGGUGGCGGCCCUCACGAUGACUCGUCGAGCAACCCCAGCGGCGGCCAUCAGUCGUCCGCCGGUGGCAGCCCAUACGCUCCAGGCUCACAUGCUGCCUUCUCUCCCUCACAAUCCACCGCGCCCUCUGUCACGUCUUCAGGGCAUCCGGGCAACAUGCACCACAUGACGGGCGACCAGAUGCGCAGCGCCGUGCAUGUUUCCAACGGCAAAGGAGUCGACUUCGAGCAGGCCGGCAUCGACUUCGUUUUAGCGUACGAUAACUCCGCUUCGUCGAGGGCAUACCUCUCGCCUCCCCCGCAUCUCGAGAAGCCCUGCAUGCAGCACAUGCCCUUUUUGCUUGAUCGAGCCAACGAGGUGGACGGCGAUCCGUGUGGCCAUGCCCUGAUGGCGACGUGCCCUCCCAAGCCGUUCGAAAACUUGACCCCGGAGACGCCAUUCGGUAGCACCCACACGCGUGAUAGCCCCAGCGGGGACGUCCCGGCACAGGGGACGUGGGAGCUCAGCAAGGCCGACCUGUCCACGCUGCUCGACCUCAGUCGGAGACUGAAACUGGACGGCGAAAUCACCCCCGUCAUGGCCUGGGGGAUGAUCCUCAACCACCCGCGGUUCGCCGACUUCAAGCCCGAGGACUUCCAGCGGCUCGCCGAGGAGCUCGGGCGGAAAGUGAGGUGUUACGGAUUCGGCGCUGUGAUGGAGGAGUUUGAGUUGCAAGAUGCUUUUGAGAGCGUCUUGCCUUGCGAGCCCGACACAAUGGUGUUUUGA